AAGUUUUGCCUUGUUUCAUCUUGUGUCCUUCAUUUGCUUGAGCUAAUACCAAGCUCGAUCGCCUCAGUGAAGUAAAUUCAUACGAAAAUAUUUUGUUAGAGAAGAAAAAUGGCAAGUUGGGUUGAGAAGGCGUUGAUAUUGGUGAUUGUAGGUUGCUUAUUGCCUGCAUUGUUAGUCGAGUCUCGAGUUCGUCACUACAAGUUCAAUGUGGUGUUGAAAAAUCAUACGAGAUUAUGUUCAACAAAACAAAUUGUGACGGUAAAUGGUAAGUAUCCGGGACCUACUAUCGUGGCUAGGGAGGAUGAUACGGUGCUUGUGAAGGUCGUCAAUCAUGUCAAAUACAAUCUCUCCAUUCAUUGGCAUGGGGUGAGACAAAUAAGAACAGGGUGGUCAGAUGGGCCAGCAUACAUAACACAAUGUCCAAUCCAACCAGGACAAACCUACACUUACAACUUCACUCUGACGGGCCAAAGAGGAACCCUUUUCUAUCAUGCCCAUAUUCUUUGGCUAAGGGCUACUCUCCAUGGUGCUCUUAUCAUUUUACCCAAACUUGGUGUUCCUUAUCCUUUUCCCAAACCCCAUAAAGAAAAUGUCUUGGUCUUAGGUGAAUGGUGGAAAUCGGAUGUAGAAGCUGUCAUCAACGAAGCUCUGAAAUCUGGAUUGGCACCUAACGUGUCUGAUGCUCACACAAUUAAUGGAUAUCCAGGUCUCGUUCAUAAGAAUUGUAACUCACCAGAAAUGUUCAACUUGAAUGUAAAACCAGGGAAAAAAUACAUGCUACGUAUUAUCAAUGCUGCACUUAAUGAAGAGCUCUUCUUCAAGAUAGCCAACCACCACCUCACGGUUGUCGAAGUCGAUGCUACGUAUGUUAAACCCUUCAAAACCGACACGAUUGUCGUGUCACCCGGUCAAACAACCAAUGUUAUAAUCGAAGCUAAUAAUAAGGCUGGAAAAUACUUGGUGGUUGUUUCACCCUUUAUGGAUGCACCUGUCCUGGUAGACAAUGCAACCGGCCUAGCAUCUGUUCGUUACACAACGUCCCAUCCUACCGCCUUAUCGACCACCCUCACCGCCCCACCACCAAUUAAUGCAACCGAGGUGGCUGAUAACUUCACCAAUUCUCUUAGAGCCCUUAACUCAAAAGAGUACCCUGCUAAAGUACCUCAACAAGUUGAUCAUUCCUUACUUUUCGCGGUAGGGCUAGGGGUUAACCCUUGCAAAACUUGUGUCAAUGGGUCUAGGGUCGUGGCAUCUAUUAACAAUGUUACGUUUGUUAUGCCUAAUAUUGCUCUCUUACAAGCACAUUACUCUAAUAUAAGUGGUGUGUUCACGGCUGAUUUUCCGGCGAAACCUCCUACACCAUUUAAUUACACUGGAAAUCAAUUGACCAACCUUAAUACAACAACCGGGACUAGGGUGUACAAGCUUCCUUACAAUGCAACGGUUCAAUUGGUAUUACAAGAUACCGCGAUGAUUGCACCUGAGAAUCACCCGUUUCAUUUACAUGGAUUUAAUUUCUUCGUUGUUGGUAAAGGUCUAGGAAACUACAGUCCUAAAACAGAUCCAACGAAUUUCAAUCUUGUUGAUCCAGUUGAAAGAAACACUAUUGGAGUACCAUCUGGUGGAUGGGUUGCUAUCAGAUUUAGAGCCGAUAAUCCAGGGGUUUGGUUCUUGCAUUGCCAUUUAGAGAUUCACACAACAUGGGGAUUAAAAAUGGCGUUCUUAGUCGAAAAUGGCAAAGGACCAAAUGAAUCUCUAAUAAAACCUCCAAGAGAUAUUCCCAAGUGUUGAUUAGCGAGUCGAUCAAAUAUGCUUAAUUAAAUUUUUUACAACAAAAGUUCCAUUUUUUUGGUUCUCGAAAGAGCCAAACACAAGAAGAGAGUAUGGAGUUUAAUUUUACUCCAUACGUCAAAUUUUAUACAAAGUAUACAAAUUUUUUUAUAAAAGAGUUGCGUGGUUUUUAAUAGAAAGAUAUGCUUUUUGAGCAAGCAAAGCUUAAUUAAGAUAAUAAUAUGGUUUGCUUAUUAGUGUCAAUGUAACCAAAUGUAUAUUGGUCUCAUACAUAUGUAUUUCAGGCAUAUAUAUUUUUGUCAAUAAAAUAAAUGUUUCGUUUCCUUUCUUCA